AUGUCGGGCGGAGCGCUGAAACGGCUAAUGGCCGAGUACAAACGUGAGUUUGUUUACUCGAUCCAUCUGCCUUGCAGUCUGUAGUGUUCGGUCCGUGUCUCAAUCUGUAUAGCGUUUUUAAUCUUUAUUCCACCCUCCUCCAAUUGGAGGAGGAUAUGUGCAUUGCAUUGUGUAGAUUCCAGCAGAUAUUUGCUCCUAAUGAGACCGCCUGUCCGUUCUAGGUUUAUUUAUAUCCGCCACUGAAUUUCCAGAACUGUCUUAAAUGCGACGAAUGAGAUGACCAUUCUCCUGCAAGCAAACAUGUACACCCCCAUGCUUUUAACAGCGCAGGUCACCAGUGGACCACUUCUACCCCUCAUCAUUUACUUUUUAGUUAAUAUCCGAACGUCUGGAAUGCAACCUUCGGAAAGGUCUAGACUUCCUCUUGAUGUCAGAUCAUAAGUCACAUCACACAGGAGCUCCAUCCUUAGGGAUAGAUCUUUCCUAAGUGCAUAUCGAGAACUGCGUUUUUUGAUAUCUUUUUGUCAUAAAUGAACUUCCACUUAAAUUCCUAGGAUUGCUGGGACCCCUCCAUCACCGUUUGUUCAUCUCCCGCAAGGGUCGAGUUUAAUAUGUAUACGACCACUAGGGGAUUUUAGGCAUUCUGACAACCCUGCCCCACACUUAUCGUCACCGUAAGUAGGUGCUUUCACAAAUGUUUUAUGGGCAGCAAACCCGACCACUACUAAGUGGACACUUUUGUUAGCACGCGACCUUCAUCGAUUCGACGCGCGGACCGUUUUGCACUUCCUACCUCUCCGGCCACGCCUGGUCUAAUAUCGCAUCGAUUACCUCGCUGAUUUUACGUCUCUACACAUAACAGCACGCGGCAUCGCGUCUGAGGGCUUUGACCAACUCCUCUCUAGUGGCGUAGACCGACCGCUGAGGGUUCAAGAACCAUCCCCAUGUCAUGACGGGCCGUGUUGAAUCAGUGUGCUGGUGGGCUGUGGUGCUGGACCAUGGUUAACAGCACAUAAACUCACCAGGCGGACGGCGAAAAACAUGUCUACACUAUCUCAGACGUCUUCCUCUGGUGGUCUGAGACGUCUUUUGUGAUUGGAUUGAAGCGGGUGUGGUCGUCGCCCUGAAAACAAACUCACCAUGUCUUACUCGAGGAAUCAGUCACGGUCUGCGAUGAACAAUCAAUACCAGCUUUCUCCCGUCUGCCCACGCACAAUUCGGCCUCGAUUUUUUAUGGCCACGUGAAUAUCACGUCGGCCCCAUAUACACCUAAGGCUUCCAAAGCUUCGAAUUCCAGGUCAUGCGAGCCCCAUUUGGGUAUGGCUAGCUGACGUCGGCUAAUGAGCAAGAAGUUGCGACCACAGUCCCCUUCCCCUCUUCCGGCACUCUCUUCUGUGAUGGCGAGCGAUGAUUGUUAUUUAACAGUAACUUCGCCUCAAUGAAUUUAAAUCUACCCUUUAAACUGACAGCCAUAACUUCCGAGUAACGGCUUCUGCUGGUCACAGAUGUAGCUUGGAACCACUUUGCGCUUCCCAUCGGUUGUGAAUACAUCAAGUGAUUUAGCGACUUCAUUCACAAAUGCCACCGCAUUCUGCACUUUACCAUAGCUCGAUGUUAGCACGGCGGUACCAUGGACAUAGUCAAAAUCGGUGCAAAUUGGAUACCAUCAAAUCCACAUAGGACCCUUCCAACAAUCCAGCCACUAUGGCGUAGUUAAACAGAAUGGACGAUAGAAUGACACCUGUCAAACGACUGGUAGUGAUUUCUAUGGACCUGAUCUUGCACAGCGAAGGGACGUUAGCAAACCCGGAAUAAAGCCAGGGUUUUGCCGUCAUACCAUAUAGCUUCAUUGACCGCUACAGUGACUCACCAUGGACGAAAUGAAAAACUGCAAUUAAUUUAGCUCAGCAAACGGCCGUCAGUUGUUCGAAUCCAUGACGAAAUUCAGAAACUCAUUGCAGUGUAAGUAUCCCGUCGCUGCAUCCACGUCCUGCUCAGAACUCAGUUGACUUGGAUCUUUCCCUAGAGUCAUGAACGCUUUAAAACCACCUGAGAAUGACCCUGGCAAAGUCGUUUGCAGCAACGCUCACGAGAUUUGUGCCGUGGUAUGUAUCGCAAUCUGUCUCAUCUACCUUCUUGAAGACAGACACAAGGAUGCCUGAGUCUUGGUUUUAAGGAAGGAGCUUAUCACCCCACCCCUGUUCAAUCGCUUAAUGGAGUCGGACUCCAGCGGAAAUGCCAUUCUCCUCGGCCGCCCUGCCUCUGCGCAACCGCUGCAUUGAGUCUAUGAUUUCCCACCGAGGUCACAAGACACCGCAUAGACUUGAAUGGGCUAAAAAGAGCGGGCGAUGGCUUGCUAACCCUCGCACCAGCGCUUGACCUUGACUGAACUGUCAUUAGUAAAGCUGCCACUAAAAUGACGGACAGAGUUACUCAAAGCAGAGGAUCUGCUACUAACUUGGCGAACUAAAUGCUAGAGUUUUCCAGCGUCACCGACGUCUUCGUGGAAAUUUUCACUUCAUAAAUCUCCUGGAGGCAUCCGGACGGCUCUGACCAGCUGAACGUAAAGGGACCUGCCGCUGCUUGUCCGCAACUACUUCUUCAGACCCGAGGCUGGUUAGUCUUCUUUGAAGCCCUUACUUUUGUUCCACUCGUGGACGCGUAGGACGUCCGACAAACAAACAGACAAGUAAGCCCGUCUUUCACGCACGGGGCGAAACAAUCACCUCAUCAGUCUUUGAGUUCAUUACCCGUGUUGCAGGUAAGCAUAAGCCUCAUAGACUUUCGAGUCUGCAUACCUUCCUCCGGCUGGGCCAGGUAGCUUACUUCAUUUGUCCUGUUGGAGGGGGUGCCAAACCAGACACUCGGGCUUAAGACGUAGUGGAUUAUCAUACGACGAGUUCGAAAGAGGUUGUUUUCCUAAUUUAUGGCGCCCCAGUUGCAUUCAUCGUUUACUUGACCCACUAUCAGAUCCCACGCCUUGCUGUUGUCAGCAACGGACCCGCACACCUGUGCUGUGCCCAUCGCCUGGCAAGCUUAUCAUUUGCAGCGUUUUUUGUUGCCGUUGCUCCAAAAAUCAUGUCACAUCGCAUGUCGCACCACAUUGCGGCUCUUUAACGUGCAUCUUCCUUUAGAGCUUACAACUAGUCCUCCAGAGGGCAUCGUUGCCGGACCAGUGGACGAGUCAAACUUUUUUGAAUGGGAAGCUCUGAUAGCGUACGUACUCCCCUGUUUUUUAUUUUUCCGUUUUUUAAAAAUUAAAAUCAGUUGAGAGUGGGGCACAACCCCUGGCUACUACUUAAGUAUCUCAGUAGAUGCGCACUGAGGGUAAUGCUCACAUCAGUAUUGUUGCAUUUUAAUUUUGACCAAUUUAGCUUUUUAUACCUUUGUCUUGUUUGUUGAUACAGAAGGAGCAAUAGUAAUUUUAUUUUGAUUCUUAGCUUUCUAUUUUACCGCUUAAUGUCCUUUUUUCUAACGACUGCCUCUUCUAAAAUUCGUAGUACAUGUUCGAUGGCAUUUUCUUCGCCUUGGUUUUCAAAGCAGGCUGUCAAGCUCCUUCCGAACUAUCAGCGCUAGGCAAGAUCACCGACUUAGGAUCGUACUUGUACUUGAUACGGCUGCGAUCGUGCCUGAUCUAGCUGGCCUCGAUGAUGUCCCGAACUGUACCUCUCUACGCGUGACGAUCCGCGGCAGCAGAUCUGCCUAACUACAGGCCACCCGGCGCGUCCACGGGUGGCGGAUAGUGGGACGACCUUCAGUGAGGGUUGGUUGCGAAAUAAGCAGACCUAGGUCUGACAAAUAAGCAGUCGCGGACCAGCAGCGACACUGCUACCAGGGUGCUGUGGGCUGAGGUCUAGCACGCUGAAAGCCUUAUAAAAAGCCGCAAAACCCAAUGACGGCAUUGUGACAUGGCGAUCCUAAACCGCCAUUAAAUAAGUUUGCUUGCAACCGCUGCCUUGUGGUUAGGCUUUUAACCCAAAGCGCUAGAGGAGACAACCUCGAACAAACAAUCCGAGCGGCUGUUGGGGACCCGCCCGUAUUCGAAAUUCCCAAGAAACCUCAAAAUAUAUGUCGGACUUAGGAUCGGUGGACCAUCAGAUCGGUUGAGCACUUCUACACUUUAACGAGCGCAGGCAACUGGCGCACUGUGGACCAGCACUGAUGUCUGGACCCUCUGUUCAUAUUCAUUUUAUGCGGACUGUGAACGCUUAUCAGCGUCGGUCCAAUUAUGUCGUUCACCAGCUCAUUUAGUAGAUUAGGCAUUAGGCAUUCUAGGUUAUGGCGUUCAGAUCGCGGUCUUAGAGCUAUACAUGUGUGCAUACAUGCCUUCCUCGUCGGAUUCUGAAUUUGUACUGCGAGUCAACCUACUCUAGUUCGCAUUCCAAAGGCUAAGGGUACUCAAUAUCUCAUCAAACUGCGUAGUUUAAGCCUACCUUCUUUGUGUACUUUUACUGCAUUCUGGCUCAAAAUAAUCGUAUUGUGUUCCAGUGGUCCGGAUGAUACGCCUUUCGAAGGUGGUGUAUUCGCCUCUCGGCUUACAUUUCCCGCCGACUAUCCCCUUUCUCCACCAGAGAUGCGCUUCACCAGCGAGAUAUUUCAUCCAAACAGUGCGUUCAUGCAUCUCUACGUACUUUUUUGCCAAACGCUGCAUUAUUUCUCUGAUGUUAUGCUUUUUGUUGGUAACCUGUGUUCGCGAAAAGGAGCCCCGGUUGUUCUGUUAUAACCUAUUCCAGAAUGCCUUGAUGAAGCUUUUUCCGCUGAUUGGCUAAAACACGAUAGCCAGCCUCAGUAAAAUUGCCCAAUCAAUCACGGUUUGGUUGUAGGAAUGGUAUGAAUAAUCGUUCGUCGGACGACUAACACCUCGUUGACACAUGCCGCCCCAGCCACUGCACCCGAUCCCAUCACCAGACCCAGACAUUCCACUGGUGCACGGCGGUGGGGAAUGGGGACGGGAGAGGGAUGGAGACCGGUGUUGGAGAAUCCACUCUGACGGCAUGUCAGUGUAGUAAAUAAAAUAUGAUGUACUCCGGCCAAUAACUACGCGCAAAGAACCGUGACAGGGAAGGUUGUCAACUGACUGGAUGACUCGAUCCUUUUCAGGACUGAUAGUCUGACUGCAAUGGCUGCUGCUCAGUGUCGCCGUAGGUCCGGACCGCUUGGCUGAUCGUGCGUGGCACGCGUAGACUAGUUGUUUAGUUUUGUCGGCCACUGCGCCCGCGUCCGCUUCCGAUCGUCUUGACAGAGCUAGAUGGGUGAGGAAGAGAAGAGUGCGGUGGACGCUGCGCAAGCCCGCCCCACUGAACAAAUUCACGCGCAGCCAACUGUCCUACGCCCACUCUGUGGACCAUGCGGUGGACGUUGUAGCUGGCGGCUGUCGAAUGGUCGCGCUGCGUCAUGUCCACGGUUGGCGGCGGUACCUUUUCAACCAGUCAGUUUUAGCAUUCUGAGUAUGUUUAACUAUGUAAGUCCUUGUUUGCGCGCCUUCUAGGUACGUCAGCUUUUUUUCGAAACCGGAAUAAUGUGCGCAGGCGGAUAAUCUCAUCCGAAAGCAUCGGUACACAGUCCCCUCCUGUCAUGUCUCCCUCUCAGCCACUUCGUUCUCUGUCGCCUAGCUAGACCUGCAAACUUUGUGUACUGCUGACUAGGAGAAUAAGACGUGAAGCGCACCGCAGGUCUUGUCCUAAGCCAGUGUCCCCUGAUUCAUUUAAUAAUACUGAAUCAGGACCAUUCCGCUUUCCACAUUCGAAAGACAUGUUGGGUUGGUUUCGUCUUGUCUGUCGGCGAUGUAUGCGUCUGGUGGUCGCGUCUUCUGUUGUGGUCUGACUAGUGUUUCCUGCGUUUGAUUGCUGACAUUUGCAGUCCCUUCUCUAUCUUCUCUCCGUUCAGUUAUGACCCCGCGAAUUUGUUUCGCACGUAGUCAACAAUCGGCUUCUCAUUGUCACACCCACGCAAAGGGUUGGGAGGAAGUCAUUCUGUAUCAAACCGCAUUGUUGGCAUUCUUACCUUGUAUGCUCAUGCGUGUUCUUAAUUAGGCUAAUCUUAUCCUUGUUAUUAGUCUAUCCGGACGGUCGAGUCUGCAUCUCCAUUCUCCACGCCCCUGGUGACGACCCGCUGGGUUAUGAAACGUCCGCAGAACGCUGGAGCCCGGUACAAUCGGUGGAGAAGAUCCUUCUCUCGGUUGUUAGUAUGUUGGCUGGUAGGUUCGUCAGUGUCGUAGUGUAAUUCAUGAACGCCCAUUUUACAGUAUUUACUAUUACUUAUUGUAACCGGCAAGACAGCAGACCCGUGACUCGAUGGUAGAGUGUUAAGCUUGAAAACACCCAAUAACCAGACUCCCAGCCCCCUUCCCCCCAGAACGUGGGGUCGGUUAUGACUGAAAGCUCACUGUCGUUCUUACUAGUCGCAUUUCAACUUUCACCGAGGGCUCUUAGUGGAGCCGCACGGUGCGUCAUAUUAACCAUGGACCGUAACCUAGACUUGGAACACACGAUGCCAGGAGCGCCUUGCUGACUGAGUUCUUUUCUCAUGUCUUGCCUAGAACCCAAUGAUGAGAGUGCAGCCAACGUAGACGCCGCCAAGACCUGGCGCGAGGAUCGCCAACGCUUCAACGAAAUGGCUCUCCGCAGUGUUCGCCUCAGUCUCGGAUUCCCGCCCGAGGGUGACCUUCCCAGCUGA